GGCAGGGAUGCCCUCCAAGAAAAGAAAAUGGACCCGAAACCAAGAGGUUGAUGCCUUGCGUGCCUCAGCAAACUCCAGGAAUCAGCAGUGUAGAUGGAACGGGAACGUGAAUCACGCCGUUUCAAGAGUGCAUUCCGCAAAUCCUCAUUAAAGCCGGUACAAGAAUUUCCAACAACAAAACAAUGCUGGGGGAACAGUGAAAGCAAUAGUGAGGGAAAAAGGACAUGUAAAGAUAUUUCCAAUCACUUCUAAAGAAGCUUUGGAUCCUUCAAGCGUUGCAGUAAAAUCUCAUGAUACCUUUGAUACUAAAAUUUACCCUAGUAGUAAUUUUCCUGAGAAAAAUGAGUGUCUUAAGUCUUUUACUGAAAGCAAUGUUGGUGCGCGUGGAGCAACAGUGACCCAUGACCCGAAGCGUGCGAUUUCUGAAGAAACCGAAAAUUCUUUAAAGGAUGAUUGCAAGAAAGCAAGAAGAUACAUGAUAAAGAGUAAUUUUAGUGAUGAGGAAGUGAUUUUGGACAAAUCUGGAUAUGAUUUUUCAGAUUCAGAUACUGCGAAUUAUGAACCUAUUUACAUAAGAAGUGUUAUUUUAGUACAAGAUAAAAACGUUAAGCAGGAGGUUCAUUCCUUGUCUGAUUUUAAUGAUACGAAUUUUGGAUCUAAUGCAAUUUUGAGCAGUAUUUCAGAUAGAUCUGAGGAAAUUGGCGUAAACAAAGGGAGUGUUGAGUCCGUUACGGAGCGUGGAGAUCCCGACUCGUUCAAGAUUUGCAAAUCUGAGGAGAAACCAGCCGCAUUUGAGGUUCAAGAAGGAGAUCUUCAAAAUAUACAAAUAUUCUUAAGGAAUUCGGAAGUUCCACUAUUGGAAAAAAUGGUAAAAAUGGUCAUUUUGAUCAGCAAGAAACUGGGAUAGAGGCAUCAAAACUCGAAAACGAGGUCGAGGUGCUCACAGUAACAAGCGAUGAACUUGAACUUACGUGCGGUUUACGCGUUUCAGGUAAGCAAAAUGAGCGCAGCGAUUUUCUAAACAUUGACGCCGCCAGUCGCGAAGUUUACAAAGUCAAAAGAAUGAGAGAGAAGAAGCGAGGUUGUACUACUGCGAAUUACACGGAUGAUGCCAAAUCGGAGUUCAACAAGAAAGUCUGCUUGAAAAUUGAUGGUUGUUUUCAUGGAUCAAAGCUGGAUCAUGAUUUUUCUAGUAGGACAUUGCCUCCCAAGGAUUAGAGAUUUAGGAGGAAAUUCGAUCCUGGGGGAUAGAAUCAAUCCGGGAUUUUUGAUAUCAAAACGCAUAACUUUCUUAUCCUAAUGACGAUGAUUUUUUUUUACAGGAAACGAUGAAAUAUUCUUGGAUUCUCAGAUUUUUUCGUUUGUUUAAUUUUAAUCUUCUUAACAGAUUUUUUUAAAGGACGGGGAAUCAAGAAUUGUACGUAAAAGAAAG